AUGACAGAAAGAAAACAGGAUUUUUCCUGUCCAAACUACAUGCUUUUCGGCGAUGACUUCAAUUUACAAAGUGGAAUAGAGGAUAUUUCCUGUUCCUCAAACUACACAUCAGACGAAGAUGGACCAAAAGUGCUCACUACAAUGAGAAAUAUGUUUGCGGAGCAGAAAACCGACGAAUAUGAGCUGGUCUACGACAAUAAUUCGCAAAAUGUGCCUCAAAAUUGUUCACCGAAAAAUCAAUAUUCGCCCCCGCAAUCUGUGCAACAAGCUCAUUAUUCGAAUUUAUCACAUUUUCAUCCUAGAAAUCCAGAAUUUUCACAAGAAAUCGUGGAAAAUCGAGUAAUUUCUCCAAAAUCUGAGCAUCCGGAAGAAAUAGAGGAUCACGAAGAUGAUGAGGAUGGCCAAAGUGAAAUGAAGCACAAUUGCCCGGAAUGCCCGAAAAAGUACACAUCGGAACGACGUCUCAAGCAUCAUAUCGUUGUACACCGCAAUCCGGACGCCUAUAAAUGUCAAAAAUGUGGAUAUUGCUAUCAGAGCCCAGAUAGUCUCCGGAGACACUGGAAGAAAACUCCGAAUUGUGACGAGUUUCCGCCGAAGAUUAAUGUGAAAACAGAGAUUUUGGACCCGGAUUCAUGAAUUUUUAAAAUUUUUUUUGAUUGUUAUAUUGUAAAUUACAUUUUUUUACUGUGUACUAUUUCUGACACUAACUCGAUUUCCCAGUGGCCUUAUUCAUACGCUCAUUUCAUUGAUUUUCUCGGUGCAUAUUUAAAUUUUUAUUCAGUUUUUGAUUGACAAAAUUCAUUUUAAUUGCAAUUUAUAUUGAUUU